UCAGAGGUGCUGGCUUCCGGGUUUGGCGCCGGCGGACCGUGGCCUCGGGAGCGCUGGUAGCAUGAGGCGGGUCACCCUGUUCGUCAAUGGCACCCCCAAGAACGGGAAGGUGGUGGCUGUUUAUGGGACAUUAUCAGAUUUGCUGUCUGUGGCUAGUAAUAAGCUUGGAAUAAAAGCGACCAGUGUGUACAAUGGGAAAGGUGGACUCAUUGAUGAUAUUGCAUUGAUCAGGGAUGAUGAUGUUUUGUUCGUUUGCGAAGGGGAGCCAUUCAUUGAUCCUCAGACAGACGUAAAAUUUCAUGAAGAACUAACAGGGUCGCACACGGAUUGGUUAACACUAAAUGUUGGAGGCCGAUACUUUACGACUACACGGAGCACUUUAGUUAAUAAAGAACCUGACAGUAUGCUGGCCCAUAUGUUUAAAGAUAAAGAUGCCUGGGGGAAUAAGCAGGAUCGCAGGGGAGCGUUCCUAAUUGAUCGCAGCCCAGAGUACUUUGAACCAAUUCUGAACUAUUUGCGUCAUGGGCAGCUCAUUGUAAAUGAUGGCGUUAAUUUGCUAGGUGUUUUGGAAGAAGCCAGAUUUUUUGGUAUUGAUUCGUUGAUUGAACAUCUGGAAGUAGCUAUUAAGAAUUCUCAGCCAGCUGAGGAUCAUUCUCCUAUAUCCCGGAAGGAAUUUGUCCGAUUUCUGCUGGCAACCCCAACUAAGUCUGAACUGCGCUGUCAGGGUCUAAAUUUCAGUGGUGCAGAUCUCUCUCGGCUAGAUCUUCGAUACAUAAACUUCAAGAUGGCUAACUUAAGCCGCUGCAACCUAGCCCAUGCCAACCUUUGCUGUGCAAAUCUUGAACGAGCUGACCUCUCUGGAUCAGUGCUCGAUUGUGCAAACCUACAAGGUGUAAAGAUGCUCUGUUCCAAUGCAGAAGGGGCAUCGCUGAAAGGAUGUAAUUUUGAAGAUCCCUCUGGCCUUAAAGCUAACCUGGAAGGUGCUAACCUGAAAGGUGUUGACAUGGAAGGAAGUCAGAUGACAGGAAUUAAUCUAAGAGUUGCAACUUUGAAAAAUGCAAAGCUAAAAAACUGUAACCUCAGAGGAGCAACUCUGGCAGGAACUGACUUAGAAAAUUGUGACUUAUCGGGUUGUGAUCUACAAGAAGCUAACUUGAGAGGCUCUAACGUAAAAGGAGCUAUCUUUGAAGAGAUGCUGACGCCUUUACACAUGUCUCAGAGUGUCAGAUAGGGCCUGGCACAGUUGACUGGAAGAAUACUUGCUGAAGAGGAAGAAAUGAAAAACACUUAUUGUGACUUUCUUUCUCCACCCAUUCCCUUUAUAAUCUAGACAUACCAUUUAUUAGACAAUAAUUUAUACCCUCAGUAGUGCCUAAGGAAACACCUCUGAUCACUUUUUGGGGGAGGGGGCUUUUAUUUAAUACGUGUAAGAAUAGACAUUGUUGCUAUUUUUUGAAUGGAGAUGGGAACGUGGGCUAGUUUUAGAACUAGAAGUGUUACUUUUUUUAACUAGACUUGUUUUAGCAUCACCUCAUUUUGGAAUGCAUUUUUUAGGAUUUUAAUUUAUAAAAGCACAAUAUAUGCAACUAUAUUUAUUACAUUUGUAUCUGCAGUAUAAAUAUAUGAAAUGUCAGUCAUCUACAGUAGCAGAAAUGUUCAGGUUUACAAUUAGUAUUAGUAUAUCCACAGUUAGUUUCUUUAUUCAUGCACAGCAUACUAAAUGAUGAAUGUGGUGGGGACAGAGUUCCCAAAACACUUUUUUCAGGUACUUUCUUUUGGGUGCGGGGAACAGCAUUUAACUAAGUCAUCACAGGUAACACUGCCUAGUUGUAGCUUGAAUUUAGGUAUGCAAUGGCUCCACCAACUUCGGAAAUAUACAGUGGAAGCAUCUUUGCAACUAUAUCUUCACUAGAAAAUCUUCAUGCACAGCGGAGCUUUGUUAUAAUUAGAACUUAAAGGAGCAUGUUCCGAGACCCACACUACUUAUUUAGUCCUUUCGAUGUCAGUGUGGAGUGCUGACAAGUGAAAAUCUCUAGCUUGUACGUGUCCCUUCUAGCACCAAGCCUAAGUGCAUGUUUUUUGGUUUUUUGUUUUUUUUUUAAACAGGAAAUUAAGUGUGGAUUAGGAAGAGGAAGAGAGUUUAUUCCUCCAGCAAAGUGGACACAGGGACUGAUGCCCAGCCUCUCUCUCCAUGGUCUCUGCUGCUGUGUAUGGAAUGGCAGCUGUUGCCCCUGAACGCAUGCUAUGCAAGCAUUCUGUUCACUGAAACCAUGGAUAGCACAGACCUUCCCCAAUGCUCUAUGUUGAGCCUAUUCAGAGAAAUGAUUUAGUUGGGGAUUGGCCCUGCUUUGAGCAGGGGGUUGGACUAGAUGACCUCCUGAGGUCCCUUCCAAUCCUGAUAGUCUAUGAAACCAUGGGAGCCACUUCCCUGGUCCAAAAUUCCUCUCCUUUACCCCUCUCCCCGUUAGUGGACAGGGAACCAUGGACUUUCUGCACUGCAGAAAGCCUUAUGGGAUCUCCGUCCACCAAUGAAUUUCACUCAAUAAGCUGUUUCCACUGUAACACCAAUUGAGAACCUCUCCUAUGUGUCUGUGAUUAUUCUGUACACAAACAAGCACAGACGUUUUAUGCCAAAAAAUACCUGGGUGCAUCAAGAAUACUUACCUCACUAACUUAAAACAGGUCAAAAUCAAAGGAAAUACCAAUCUUACUGGAAGAUAGGAACAAAUGUUGCAUGAUGUUAAAUUUGCAGAGCUUGCCCUUGUUAACCGAGAUCUAGUCACAGCUACUUCAGUGGGUCCCUUUUUUAGCUGUAGAAGUGCAGAUCUACUGCCUUCUGUACAAGGAAGGUGGUGUGGUCUUAAUAGUUACAGCAAAACCAUUUAUUUUCCUAGGAAAGAUCAGCUCCCCAAAAGUACAUGACUGGGGGGAAUGGGGCUGUAUUGGUUUUGAUUCGAUCAUGUCACGUGACCUUCUUGGGUUCAAGGUCGCAUAGCCAAUUGGAGCAGAAUUGGGAUUCAUCAGGCUCUUAGGCCUUCUGACUUAUUUGACAACACUUAUCUUCAUGGCAAAAAGUUGCAUUAUAAAUGAAGGGUCAUUUUCCUUAACAGGGAGGUAAUGUACAUGCAUUGAAGGAAGAAUGGAAUGUAAGGCUGGAGAAACGUACUUACUUAAAUGAAUUAUUUUUGUCAUAUUUGUAGCUGGCAGAAGUAGAAUAUUGUAUGGGAGAAAUCUAUUUUCAUAAUCAGUGCGUAUAAAUUAUAUUUAAACUUUCACUGAUAGUCACUUGAAUACUCAUAGCAUAAGGCAUUGUUCACUUGCAGACAAGUUUAAGGUACCUCUUUUGCUAAGACAAGGCUGCAGGAAUAGCCAAAAAUGGCCUGUUCUGAAAAUGCAGGUUCUAGCCUGAUGUAAACUGGCUGCAUCAAUAAAUAGUAUAAAAUACUUA